GUCGUACGCCACUCUCAUACACACCAUUCAAUAACAUGUGUUUGAAACACAUAAACAACUCGUUAGUGAUGUUCAAAGGCCUACUCCCGGGCACUGCGGUCACGGCUAUGACCCGCGCGUUGGGGCCCACCUGUGCUACCCGUGCCCUGUCAGCCAAACCUACCAGCGCUGCCGACUCGCCCAUGGCUACGCUACGGCGCCGUACGGGCUACGCCUACUCCCUGUGCCGGAAAGCCCUCGAACUCCACGGCCAGGACCUGACGCAAGCGGAACGGUGGCUGAGGGCUGAGGCAGCCAAACAGGGCUGGGAGAGGGCCCAGAGGGUCGCCCAACGACCGGUAGCCGAGGGACUGGUAGCCGUAUACCGGGGCCCCGGGCGUACCGGCGCCGGAGGGCUGGCAGCUAUGCUUGAGUUGAAUUGUGAGACCGAUUUCGUGGCCCGGAAUGAGGUGUUUGGAGGUCUGGCCCGAGCCCUGACCCGUCAGCUGAGCGAUUUUGGGCAUACAGGCGCCGCCCAGCACCGGGAUCCCGGCGCUCUCGUGUCCCGUAUGAGGUUCUCCGAGGACCAGUUGGCACAGUUAGCCCCGGGGCUGGUGGUCGAGGCGAUCGGAAAGUUAGGCGAGAAUAUCCGGGUGUCGAAGGCGUGUCUCGUGAGCACCGGUAGCCCACCCGGUGGUGAUGCGGAGGGUAUACAUCUCGUGGGCUAUACGCACGCAGUUGGAGGCAAAACACAGACUACCGGUGCUGAUGGUGAUGAAGACCCGGUGCUGUUGGGAAAGUACGGGACGAUUGUGGCCCUCAAAGCCGACCCGGUGCUGUUGGGAAAGUACGGGACGAUUGUGGCCCUCAAAGCCGUCCAAUCGGUGACCGAAUCGGGCGAAUACAUCACCAAAACCUCGGAUGAGAUCCAAGAGAUCGGCAAACAAUUAGCGCAACAUAUCAUCGGUUUGAAGCCCAAGACUAUCGAACCGGUCGGCGGUAUGAAGCCGACGACGACGAGUGAUGAGCACCGGGAGGGCCAGGAGGACAGGGAUGAUGUGGUGGUCGGCGAUCCGGAGUCGACGGCGCUAUUGGAGCAGCAGUUUGUCUUCGAUGAGGACCUGACUGUCGCUCAAUACCUGAAUGAGACGGGUAUUCAAGUUGUGGAUUUCGUACGGUUCGAGUGCGGGGUCACCGAGUGAUCCCUUUCCCCUUCUCACAUACCUUUCCCAACACACACCUCCCCAUCCCUUUUGAAAAG